CCGACACCUGAACUCCUAGUCAUCCAACAGAUUGGGCCAGUAUGUCAAAAUGGUGGGGUUCGGCUGUCGGUUUCCUCUACGAGGGGCUUGCUAGGCUUUGUUGUAGUUCAAUAGCAUGUGUACUCUGAACAGUUCUUAGAAGCGCCAAAAACAUCUCAUCGUCAACAUUCAAAGACUUUCAAUCCUCCUACCUCGGUCACCUUUAUCAUUGUCAUCUCUUCGUCUUCAUUUCUGAUACUAUGAAAGACCUUAAAGACAAAGUCGCUCUAAUUACUGGUGGUGCCACCGGCAUUGGCCUAGCCCUCGCCCUCUAACUGGCUGCUGAAGGCAUGAACAUCGUCCUCGGCUCCACCAACAAGGACCGCCUUGAAGCUGCUGCCACCCAAGUCCGCUCAGCGGGUGCUCCAGAAGUCCUUCCUAUUGUAUGCGAUGUGUCCGAUCUCGCCUCUGUUAAGAACCUUCAUGCCGAAACCACGAAAGCAUUUGGUGCCGUUGACCUGCUGGUCUGCAACGCCGGCGUUACCACGAGUGGGGAUUUCCAUUUGCAUCGGGAGGGAGACUGGAAGUGGGUGUAUGGCGUGGUGUUAGACGGCACUACGAACUGCAUCCAACUUUUCUAUCCGGACAUGAUCAAGCGCGGAAGCGGGCAUAUUGUCCUCACGGGCUCACAGGCUGGUCUUGUGCCGAAUUGGGUCACGCAACAUGGCCCAUACACAUCCGCCAAAGCGGCAAUACAUGCUCUUGGGUCAGCGAUGAGGCCAGAAGCUGCUGGCUAUGGUGUUGGCGUGACGACAGUGAUUGUGGCUGGGACGCAGACGGACAUUAUGAAAAGCGAUAGAAGUCGACCAGAGAGAUUCGGGGCGCCUCUUGCGGUAGAAGCCAAGAAGAGAGAGGCGAGAAGAAUUCCACCGAGCGAUGUUGCAGAGAGGAUUAUCAGGGGAGUGAAGGAGGACGCAGCGUGGGUAGCUACGCAUCCAGACCUCAAGGACCGCACGAAACAGUAUUUUGAUGAGAUUCUGGCAGCUUAUGGCAGGUGAUAAUGGGACAUUGGGGAGAAUAAUUUGUUUAAUGAUCACGCUCCGGGACUGAGAACCAUACAACUUUGCCAUCACAAUUUGGCUCGCAGUCAUCAAAUGAGAGUGCCUCUGUUGUGUUAAUCUACUUAGUCAUAAGUAUAGGCACAUCGACUUGCCGUUGCUUGGGGCCCCCCAUAGGAUAGGUCUUUGAGAACGGAGACAGGAUGUAUAGAUUGAUGCAGUGGAAAGUAGGUUAUCUCUUGACUGGCCAGAAACCUGCCAGCUAGGCUAUUCCUCACAGUGAUAUCGAGCGAGCAAAAGUGAAGCCGUACAGACCUAGAUCCAUGGUCACGAAGUGAAGGUAGAUAUAUUGGAAAUUAGGCCAUUCAUUGAGGCGCUUUCUCUCCAAUCACCGUAUCAUCGUAGCCUAAGGCUAUGCUAAUUGGAGCCUU